AUGUUCACAGAGAGAGGAGGUGGAGGCUUCGCAAAGUUUCCAACAGGAGCAGGAGAUUUCUCUUCCAAUUUUAUGAGAAAGUUUCCACGAGAUUUCUUGGAAAGAACAAUUCACAAUCUUUCGGAUGAGGUAGAGCUAAAGGUGUUAUGGGGAAGUUCUUGGAUGAUCCCACUUGUUCGGAACGAGAGAGGAGAUGUUUUCUUUGAGAAGCAAAAGUGGUGUGAAUUUGUGGAUGAUAACUAUUUAACACAAGAUAAUGCUUUGGUUUUCACACAUGAAAGAGAUAAUUAUCUCGAUGUGACCAUCUUUAAUGAAGAUGGUAUUCAGAUUAUAGAAGCUCCUCAACCUCGAAGCUGUUGCACCAGUCCUGGCGAUUCCCUCUAA